CCACACAGAGUGAAUCUAUCGUUGGCGAGCACAUGGAGAGGAAGUUUGCUGUGGUGCAGUGGAGUGAAGGGGAGGAUUCUGGGAAGCUCAGUGAAGUAAAAACUGAUACCAUUCGGGGAUAUGAUGAUUCAAAGAUGGACCAGCAUGGGAAUCCCAUAUCCACCUACUCAGCCGUUAUCGAAUGGCGCCAUGGGAAGAAACCACGAGGAGGGUGGCCUCACUACAGAGGCACUGUUGUUUUUGUCAGUGCUACUCGUUUUGAGACAACCCGUAAAUUUAAGUCACUGCUGAAGGAAGAUGAACCUCUAGAGCUGACCAAGAGGGUAUCAGUCCCCCCUCAAAAAUAUCAGGAUGAUUCUGAUAACUCAACUGACACCGAGACUCAGAUUCUGACUCAGUCAUUGCACGUCAAGAAGUCAAAGGCUCUCACAAGGAAGGACCCUGCAGAAGAUUUCCUUGAGAAGUACUGUCAUUCAGAGCCUACUUCAGAUGAUAGAAGUCCGAGAAAGACAAUAUUUGUAUUAAAGCAGGAGAUCAAAGACCUGAAAGAAGAGAAUGCUAAAUUGAAGGAGAUGGUUGUUCAAGAUGUGCCAGAAAUCCUACGGACCAUGAAGAAUAUCCUUGAUUCGGCUGUGCCUCCUAAGAGAUCCAGGUUGGACCUUACCACACCACCGCUGCCCCCCCAAAGUUCCUAUUCUUCAUCGGCAAAUUCAUCGCCAUCCCUCCCCAGAUCUACCCCGCCCAGUUCCAUGUCUGAGUCUGUUACUCCAUCGCUGACGGACUCCCGGUCUUCUAAGGUGGAGAUCCAUCCUGGGACUGGAGUCAUGGUUGAGAAACUGGCGUGGACCUAUGCCCUCAAUGCAAAUUCAGCUACAGUAUUUGUGAGGCAUCUGCUCACAGCAGUCUUCCCACUGGAGAUACUGCUGUUGAGCAAUCUUCGAGGGGGCAAACGAGGCGGAGGAGAUGCUCGUCUACCACUGGACAAAAAAAAAUUGGAUGCCAUUUACAGUGCAACUCUUGAGAGGUGGCCUGGGACCCAGCUCUCCAGCAUCGGAACCACAAUCAAUGGCAAGAUCACAGAGCUCCGGACCAAAAGUAAAAAUGUUGCUGUGUCCACAGCAUCAUCUUAAAUUGUUGUUAAUCUGCUUGUUCAAUCAAUACUAUC